GUCGCCGGGUCCAUUCCGGUCGGAGCUGACAAACCAGAAGUAACCUCCAUUGGCAGUCUCGUUAUGCCCACCAUUGCCAUUUCUUCUUCUUCUUCUUCUUCACGGAAGAAGCGAGGAUCCAACCCCAGCUUACAUCAUCUCCUUCUUCUCCUUUUUCUCCUCUACCAUGCCCUUGAAGCCCCGGAACUCCAUCACCAUCACCCUGAUGCUCUCCCUCACGUUCCUCGCCCUCUUCUUCUCCGGCCUCCUCCAAUUCCCAUCUCUCUCCGCCCCUCUCCCCUCCUUCAGGGACCCCGCCCUCCUCUCUGGCCCCAAUACCACGCCGGACCCGUUCACCGACCUACUUUCGGCAUACAAGAAGUGGGAUUCCCAGGUGGGCUGCACCCAGUUCAGGGAGAGGCACAAAGCUUGGAUCUUGACUCGGACUGGGUCAAGCAGGUCAAAUGAGUCUUCCUCCUUGCAGGUUUCCCCUGGUGAAUCUGAAUGCAGUGAGCUUCAGCUGAACCAUGCGAGUGUUCUUGUCAAAGGCUGGACUUGGAUCCCUGACAAUUUGGAUAAUUUGUACGCUUGCCGCUGCGGGUUGAGCUGUUUGUGGACUAAAUCUCCGGUUCUCGCGGAUAAACCCGAUGCAUUGCUGUUCGAGACUUCCACACCUCCUCGUCAGAGGCGCACUGGAGAUCCACUGCGAGUUUACAUGGAUCUGGAGGCAGGAAGAAAGCGAUCGGGCUUUGAAGAUUUGUUUAUAAGUUACCAUGCAAAAGAUGAUGUUCAGUCAACCUAUGCGGGAUCACUCUUUCACAAUGGCCGGAACUAUCAUGUCUCGUCUUAUAAGAACAAUGAAACUCUUGUAUAUUGGUCCUCAUCUCGGUGCCUUCCUCAAAGAAAUGAGCUGGCCAGGAGGCUCCUUAAGUUACUUCCUCAUCACUCCUUCGGGAAGUGCUUAAACAAUGUGGGAGGCUUAGACAAGGCCCUCUCUUAUUAUCCAGAGUGUGCAAAUGAUGCGAGCACCGUCCCUAGAUGGUGGGACCACCUCCAUUGUGCCAUGUCCCACUACAAGUUUGUCCUUGCGGUAGAGAACACUUGGACUGAGAGUUAUGUCACUGAGAAGCUUUUCUAUGCCCUGGACUCGGGCUCAGUACCUAUUUAUUUCGGAGCCCCCAAUGUGGCAGACUUUGUGCCUCCGCACUCGAUCAUCAAUGGGAAUAAAUUUAGUUCCAUGGAGGAGCUGGCGAAUUAUGUUAUUGCCCUCAGUAAUGAUCCUGUGGCGUAUGCCGAGUACCACGCAUGGAGGAGGUGCGGGGUGAUGGGAAAUUACGGAAAUGCCCGGGCAGCGAGCCUCGACACCUUGCCGUGCCGAUUGUGUGAGGCUGUAAGCAGAAAGGGUGGAAGAAGCGCAAAAUCUAAUCUGUGAAGAGUGGUCUCAACUUUUUCCCCUUCUUUGGGGAUCAUUGUUCUUGGAUACGGAUGAUUGAUUCAAUUAUAACGUACAGUGUUGAGAAUUUUUGGGUUUGUAUGCUAACUUACAGAAGAUGAUCAAUUCUUGUAAAGAGAAUAGAAUACGAAGAAUUAUUAGUAGAGAUCAGAGGGAGUGCUCGAAUUGCAUUA